AAAAGUGGACCAAGGUGUAAAAAUCACUAAAGCAAUCCCCUUAUCGACAAAGGGCACGAAGGGUUUAUAAUAAAAAUAUAUCCUUUUUCCAGCGAUGUGAUUCCUCCGACACCAGUCCAAGAGUGCAUUAAGUACCUCCAUCGUUAGCGCCGCGGCCUCAGGCUUCCCUCCUCGGUCCUCGCCACGCUACUACAUCAGUGAGCCUUGCCUGCAGGACAUCCUUCUGUGCUCCAACAAGCUCCCGACCUAGCUCAUCCCCCCAGCAUCAUCAGGUUGCCAUGGAAGCAGCAGAUGAGGAGAGGCCACUGAUACAUCACGUGCCUCCUGAGGAUGAAGGAUCACAAAAUACUAGCGACGGAACUGUUGAUAUCAACAAACAGCCUGCUCCCAAGCGAAGCACGGGCAAUUGGAGAGCCUGCUUCUGGAUUUUAGGUGCGGAAUUCACCGAAUGCGUGGCCUUCUUCGCAAUCUCGAAGAACCUCGUUACCUACCUCACCGGUGUACUCCACGAAAGUAAUGUUGAUGCUGCGAGGAACGUGUCUGCAUGGAUAGGCAGUUGCUUCUUCACACCGCUUAUCGGAGCCUUCUUCGCCGACACAUACUGGGGAAGAUACUGGACAGUAGUAAUCUUCUUCUCGGUCUACGCCGUUGGGAUGCUCACUCUUUCAGUUUCGGCAUUUCUGCCACUGCUCAUGGACUCGUCCUACAAUAGUGGCAUUCAUCGUGUCGCGGCAUACUCGGGGCUCUACCUUGUCGCCAUUGGCAACGGUGGCGUCAAGCCCUGCACCUCUGCCCUCGGUGCUGACCAGUUCGACGGUGCCGACCCGGUGGAGCGGGUGACGAAGGGCUCAUUUUUCAACUGGUACUACUUCUCCAUCAACAUCGGCUCGCUGCUGUCGGGCACCGUGCUCGUCUGGGUGCAGGACAACGUCGGGUGGGGGGUCGGGUUCGCGAUCCCGACUGUGAUCGUGGUGUCUGGCCUCGCCGUGUUCGUCGCCGGCAGGAAGUUGUACAGGUAUAAGCAGCUGGGAGGGAGUCCUCUGACAAGGGUCUCCCAGGUGGUUGUUGCAGCUGUAAGGAAUCACAAUUUGGUGUUGCCUGAGGACUGCUCUGCCCUGCAUGAGGUGCCUUCAUCAACUGAUGCAAAUUACAAGAUUGAGCAUACCAGCCAAUUCAGAUUCCUUGACAAGGCUGCGGUUGUAGCACCAUUUUCUGGCGAGAAAGGCGCCGCAGCGCCGACGAGCCCAUGGAGGCUCUGCACGGUGUCUCAGGUGGAGGAGCUCAAGAUGCUGCUUCGGAUGUUCCCCGUCUGGGCAUCGAUGGUGCUCUUCUUUGCGGUCACCGCGCAGAUGUCGUCGACGUUCAUCGAGCAGGGCGCGGUCAUGGACAACCGCGUCGGCCCGUUCAGCGUGCCGCCUGCGUCCAUGGCGAUCUUCGACGUCAUCAGCGUCAUGAUCUGCAUCCCCGUCUACGACGCCGUGCUGGUGCCGCUGGCCCGGCGCGCCACCGGCAAGGACCGGGGCCUGUCGCAGCUGCAGCGGCUCGGCGUGGGCCUCGCGCUGUCCGUGGUCGGCAUGGUGUACGCGGCGCUGGUCGAGGCGAGGCGGCGGGCGCUCGCGCCAAUGGCGAUGAGCAUCAUGUGGCAGGCGCCGGCGUUCGCAGUGCUGGGCGCGGGGGAGGUGUUCACGGCCAUCGGCAUCCUCGAGUUCUUCUACGACCAGUCGCCGGGCGGCAUGAAGAGCCUGGGGACCGCGCUCGCGCAGCUCUCGAUCGCGACCGGUAGCUACCUCAACUCGGCCGCGCUCGGCGCCGUGGCGGCGGCCACGGCGCGCGGCGGGAAGCCCGGGUGGAUCCCGGACGACCUGAACGAGGGGCAUCUGGACUACUACUUCUGGAUGAUGGCGGCUUUUGGGGUGGUGAACCUGCUGCACUUCUUGCACUGCGCCAUUAGAUACAGAGGCACCAACAACACAGCCUCUUGACAUGCAUCGCAUUCGCAUGAGAUCUCCUACAUUCGUGGAGGAGUCACGCAAAUCAGAUUCCUGAAUCGGAGUGGCCAUAGCAACAACAACAUUACACAGCUAAGCUUAUACACGCUGUUAAUCUUAAUCUUGAUUCCUGAAUCGAUCGAAGGCGUCACGCAAUUCACAUAAGGUAGACAACGAUGACAACAAGAGAGGAACAUCAGAUCGGAUUUGUUCACUAGAUCCAGCAAGAUGCCUACAUUCGUUGCAGCCCAAUAUAAAUAUAUAUGAGCCAUACACAACAAUUUCUUAUCUCGCCUAAAUGCGUAUUUGUUCGUGGGCCGUUUAUUGAUUUGAUGAGCAUAUAAUCAUGUCUGAUUUGCUUGGAUUCCAAGGUGAAAAGACAGGCUUAGGGUCCAGUUUUCAUCUGUGGCUUAGCCACAUAUUAGGAGUAGGAUAAUUGGUUGCAGGUUCAACAGUGACAAUAUUGUGGCACAUGGGCCAUACCUUGUGGUAGGUGGCAUAUGUAGCAGCGAUCUGCACUGUCAUAGCAUCGAAAGAUUCAGGUUUAUUUUAUUACAACAGAAAUUUUGCAGAUUUUUUUA